CAUCAAGCCCAGGCGGUGGUGGAAAGGCUGGAGGACACACCUAAACAUGUGGAAUCCCAAUGCCGGGCAGCCAGGGCCAAAUCCAUAUCCCCCCAACAUAGGGUACCCUGGAGGUUCCAAUCCUGCCCACCCACCACCUAUCAAUCCACCCUUUCCCCAAGGCCCCUUUCUUCCUCUCCCAGGGCAAUCCAGCUUUCCCCCCAGGUGGGCCGCUCAUCCUGUGCCACAGCCAGGGUAUCCAGGAUGCCAAUCCUCAGGUCCCUACCCUCCUCCAUACCCACCGCCUGCCCCUGGGAUGCCUCCUGUGAAUCCCUUGGCUCCUGGCAUGUUCAGACUAGGAGUGAUAGUAGACAAGAAGAUGCAGAAGAAAAUGAAGAAAGCUCAUAAAAAGAUGCACAAACACCAGAAGCAUGGCAAGCAUUCCUCCUUCUCUUCCAUCAGUGACUCUGACUGAAUACAGGCCCUGGACCUUUCCCUCAAGUCUCGCCAGUUCUGUUCUCCCAUCGAGCUUCGGAUGGCAUAUUGUACCAGGGGAAAGUAGCCCUUGUGCUCCC